AUGGCGGCAGCAAAUCAUAAUCCGGGUCUGAUCAGUACGUUUCUCGUGGUUAUUGCCAUUGCUUUGCAGUACACUGGCGAAUACAGGCAGAAGAUGCUGGAGAUGCACAAUGCCAACUCCACGGCUAUAAAAGAAGGCAUCUUUUCGGCUAUACGAUCUAGAUUACUGGAUAUCGUGUCUUUCAGCUCUAUCGAGGCUGUCCAAACAUGCGUGUUGUUAGGAACAUAUUAUCUCUACCAUGGAAGUCCGAAUCUGGCAUGGCCGGUUUGUGGCUGUGGACUCCGCGUCGCGCAAGCGUUAAAAUUGCAUCGCAAGUUACCAACCACAGAGCCAACCUCACUCGCAUUACAACAAGAGAUCGAAACCCGCAAACGUUGCUGGUGGGCUAUCUACGAGAUUGAGACAUUUUGCUCCAUUUCUUAUGGAUACCCGCAUGGCAUUGUUGAUGCCGAUUGCAAUGUGGAGCUAUUGGACCCAUUAGCCACCUACACUUGCCAAUCUCCCGCCAGCUACAAUGAAAUGCAUCAAUGCCCGGCUACACUUCUGUCUUACAAAUAUUUGAUGUCUAAACUCUCAGUCUUUCUCAAAGAAGUUUUGACUGAUCUAUAUGGCAUUGGCUUAAAUAAAACUGGAAGCUGGGAGAGGCAAAGCUUCAAACUCGAUUCUAAAAGACUUCUACGGAAAGUCGCCAUUUUGGAUGACAGGCUAGAUAAGUGGAAGGCGGAAAUCCCCGAUAUCCUUUGCUUAAGCCAGGUCAACCGUGCGAAUUAUUCCUCUCCUGAAGAAAUGGACCGUGAUAUCGGUGCCUCUGGCCCCGGCUUCGAGAGCCACAUAUAUCAGCUUCAAGCUCUUGCGUUGGCUUUUGCCUAUGAGAAUGCAAGGAUUCUUGUUCACAGACCGCUGAUGACUUAUCGCACCAAAUUGUGUCAAGACCCUGCAUCUGGUAUUUCACCUGAUACUUUCAAAGAUACAUUUCAAAUGUCUUUACAAACCUGCCGCAAUGCCGCGAUGAGCACAUCUCACAUUGGUACAUCGCCCGUGUUCUGUCUUGCCGCUGAAACGUAUGCUGCGGCUUUCAUAAGUAUACACACAUUCACCGCGGGUGUGAUGCUAUGCGUCCUAGCCAGUAUUGAGCUUUUUACCCCAGAGUCUCAAGAAUGCAAAAUAGGACUUCGUCGUAUACUCAAUAUGCAAGGACAGCUUCAAUCCAAAUCACGCUCUGCCCUAUCAGCUCAGGGUCUUGAGAUCCUACAGCGACUCACACGGUUGGUUAUGGAAAGGGAAUUGACGGAGAUGUUGGGUUCGAAAACCGAAGCCAGCGCACAAGACAAACAACCUGAACUCCAGCCCUCUGAAGACUGGAACAAUUCCGUGGAGGAUCAACCAGAUGCACAGUUGGGUCAAGGCACAGAAAUUUUUUACGGGGAUUCUAUGCCAGACAUUGUUGAGAAUACGGACAUCUCGCAAGCUCUAUUUGACCUUGACCAAGGUAUGCAUCAUUAUAGUUCCGAGUUCUCAAUGUUAGCUCACAGCUUCCACAGUAUUAUCUGGUCAUGA